AUGUCUGAGUAUAAAAUUAGUAGUACUUACUUUUCUAGUAAAAAUAAAAUUAUAUUGUUAAUAUGUGUUAUUUUUUUCUCUUCUUCUACUCAUAUGUUUAAGAAUGUGUUUCCGUUUUUAUUUAUGCUGACAGAUACAAGAAAUGAAUCUGAAAGUAUUAAUUCAGUUGUUAAAACAAGUAAUUUACAUAACGCUGGCAGCUUAGAUGAUUAUGAAAAAAAAUAUCCUAGUGAAUUAAAAAAAAAUGGGAAAAUAUCUUAUAAAGAGUUUUUUUUAAAAAACAAAAAUAAAUUGUUAAAUAAUAAUUAUAAUGAACCAAUUAAAUAUAAUAAACUUAUUGGAGAACAAAAUAAUAUCAAUGAUAAACCUAUAAACUUAUAUAAUAAUGUACUAUCUUUAAUAUAUAUUAGUUCGCUAAUGACAUACUUUAUUAUUUUGUUCUUUGAUUUAAGCAAAAAAAAUUAUAUAUUAAAUAUUUUUUAUAUUGCUAAUUUAAUUUCUCAUUGUAUUAUUUUUGUAAUGUUAAAUAAUAUACAAACAUAUAAUUCACACUUAAAUAGUAACUUAUAUAUAAAUAAAAAUAAGAUUAAUUUUUUUAAUUCGUAUAAUUCUACGAUGAAGGCAAUUCACCCUAAUAUAAAAAAAGACAUUAAUUUAAUUUUUAAAAGUAAUUUAAAAAAUAAAUUAAAUUUCAAAAAUUUAUAUAUUACAGAUAAUUUUGAAAAUUUUUUCUUUCUAGAAAAAUAUUUUAUAUUUUUAAUGCAACUUGAUGGCAUCUCAUUUGAUCAAAAUAAAUCAAAAUAUUUGAAGAAGUUUAAUAAAGGGUGGGAUGAAAACAAAAGUGAGUCUUUAGAAAAUAUUUAUAACCAAACUAAAUAUUAUGAAAUUAUGAAUCAAAAGAAUAAUAUAAAUGGAUAUUCUUUUUUUGAAAAUGAUAAAAUAUAUUAUAAAAAAACUUUGAAGUUUUUAUAUUUUUUUAUAAUAAUUAGUUCUAUAUGUAGUUCAUACAUAAAUAUUUACCAAAAGAAAAUUUUAUAUUGUGUGUUUUAUAUAAAUAUAGGAGUAAUAACUUCAUUUUUGAUUUUAAUGAAUAGCAUUUUUAAAUUUUUAGCGCAUUCCUUAAAUUAUAUAUUAUCAAAUAAAAUAAAUGGAAAAAUUAGUGAUUACGUAAUUUUAUUUUUAUUUAUAGAUAUAUUUGGUUUAAUAAUGAUUUUAAUUUUCACUUACAAGUGGUUUAAUCAAAAAAAUUUGUGGCUUAAUUUACACAAAAUAUUUUAUAAUUACCAAUACAUUUGCUUUUAUUGUAAUCAUACUUAUUAUAUAUAUACAAUAGAUAAAAACAUAGAUAAUAUUUUAGUGAAUAUAGAUUUAUAUGCAGAUAAAAAUAUUGAUAUAAGCUUUUGCGCUUAUACUAACUUAGAAAAAUCAGUUUUUUAUGAACAUUUUAUUUUAAAUAAAUUCAGAAAUAAUAAACUAAGAAUUGUUGAAAUAAAAGAUAAAAAUUUUAAAAUAAGUAGUACUUAUAAGAGUAAAAACAAUGUAUAUGAAAACAAAAAAGAAAAAAAAAGUAAAGGAAUUAGAGAAGGCAAAAGUGAUGUCUGUAAAAGAAAGCAUAGUCAUAGCCUUACUAUGAAACCAUACAGUAUUUGUAUAGAAACAGUAACCAAUUUAAUUAAUCAAAAUCCAAAUCUUUAUAAUGCAUUAGAUAAAGAUAUUAGUAAUCAAAAUAUAACAAGUGUAAAUACUACUAAUAAUAAAAACAGUGAAAUGUUAGAUGAUUACAAAAUACAUAACGAUGGCACGUAUUAUGAUAAUAAUUAUAUAAAUGAUAAGAUUCUAACACAAGAUAACUUAGAUAAACAUUUAUUUAAUGAACAAAAUUAUCAAUGCUCGUUUCUCACAAAUAAGACUAUUAAUUCGAAAUGUAUAACUCAAGGAAAAAGAAGUUUAUUAAGUAGAUCAGUAAAUUUUUUAAGUGUAGAUGAAAAAGAAAAGAAUGAUGAUAAUAAUAGUUUUUAUAAUACAAGAGACUACUUUAAUGAGUUAGAGAAAAACGAUCUACUAAAUAAUAGUGUAGAAAUGAAAAAAGAAAAAAAUAUUAUAGAAGAAGAAAAAAAGGAUGUAAAAAAUGGAAAAAUUUUAAAUAAAUCUAUAAAUAAUAUAGAAACAGAAAAUACAACUUUUGAAACUAAUUCAAAAUUUAUUGUUAAAAAUAAUUUAGAUUAUACCAAAAAAAGUGAUAAUUAUGGUUUACAAAUAAUUAAUUCAUUUGAAAAUAUAAGCUAUAAAAAGGAGGAUGAAAAAAAAAAAAAUGUUUUAUUAAUUCCUAAUUAUGAUGAUGCAAUCAAAUGCUUAGAUUACGAUAAAGUGAAUCUGCCCUAUAAAAAUAACGGAUGUUCUUUAUUUUAUGGCAAAAACAAAGAAAAAAACAAUAUUAAAAAUCGUUUUAGGAUAUUUCAAAACAUUAAAAUAUUCUUGUCAUCAUUUACUUUUUUUUUCUUUUUUUUUAUAUUUAUUCAUGCUUUUUUAUUAUCAAUUAUCCACAUAUUUAUCAACUAUUUUUUUUAUAUAUAUUUAUUUGUAUAUAAUAUAAAUAUUUAUAUAUCAAAUGUUUACACAAUAAUUAUGACAUUUGUUUCAUUGAUAGCUAUACCUUUUUCUGGAUAUAUUAUGGAUAAUAUAGGGUCCUUUCUAUCUCUUCUUUUAUGUUCAUCUUUUUUUAUUUUAAUAGCUAUAUCAGGAUCUAUAUAUUGCUACAAAUUUAAUUUAAAUUCUGAAGUAUUAGCUUUCUUGUUCUUUAAUUUAAUAGGUAUAAGCCAAUCUAUUAUCCCCACUGUUAUUAUUUCCCAAAUACCUACUCAUUUAUGUGUAAAGAAUAAUGAAAAUAUUACUUCUGCCUUUGCUAUAUUUGAAUUGGUUUCAAUGCUUAUUAUAAGCCUAAAUAAUUAUAUUUUUGGUUCUUUUUUGAUUAAAGAAGAAUACUUAAAAGGCCUAUAUAUAUUAUUUGUUUUUAUUAUUCUAGUGAUUGCUCUAAUUUUAUUGUUAAUAGUAACAAUUUAUAUUAAAAAAAAAAAAACCAAAUUUCGUAUGCAAAAGUAUAAAAAUAUUGACUUAGCGCAACCGCUGAUAUAA